AUGCAGCCUUCUCGCGUCGACAAGCCGAGUGAGGCGUCCGCAUCGUCUAACAACUCAGACCAGGGGGGCUAUUUCCCCGCGGCUUACCACGUGAUCGAGGGUCUGCACGUGAGUCGACUGUUCACGGAGCGUAAUCUCAGGUCGGCCAUGUCCUACCGGCCUCGAGACGACGACGUCUUCCUCGUCAGCUACCCAAAAUGCGGAAACACGUGGCUCCAGAAAAUCGUCAGCGCCGUGUUCAACUGCGCCGAAUCAUCCGGGGAAUCCGGAGGCGCGCAGCAAGAGGAACUGUCGACGUACCUGGAUUUCGUGGGUGCGGAAGGGGCCCGUUCCUUGGCCCGACCAGCCUACAUCAAGUCACACUUGCCGUACGACAAGCACCCGUGCUCGCCGAAGGCCAAGUACAUCUACAUAACCAGGAACCCUUACGACUGCUGCGUGUCCUUCUACUACCACACAAGGGGACUUCCGACCUACCGGUUCCAAGACGGCACGUUUGACGAGUUCUUCGACAUGUUCGUGGAGGGAAAAGUUGACUACGGCGACUACUUCGACCACUUGCUUUCCUGGUACGCCCACCGGGAUGACCCGAACAUGCUGUUCAUCACCUACGAGCAACUCAAGAAGGACACAGCGGACUGGGUUCAGAAGAUAGCGGACUUCCUUGACAAGGAACAGUACGGCGACAGGAUGCGAAAGCACCCCGAGCUCUUGAAACAAGUGCUGGAUGCAACUAGCCUCGCCAGCAUGAAAGCCAUGAAUUCGAUGAUAAGCAACUGGACCGCGUUGAUCGAGUGCGUGCCGGCUGAGGGCAAGGAGGAAUUGAUGAAGGAAUUGAAGGACACCUUCGGUGACAUUUGGGACGUGCCGGGCAACGGAGGCUUCAUCCGCAAGGGUCUCGUCGGCGACUGGAAGAUUCACUUCAAUCCAGAACAGAUAAGAAGAAUGAAGGAUCGCAUCGAAUCCAAGACGCGCGGCAGUGACGUCAUGGAACUCUGGAAGGAUAUAGACCUCCCUUGA